AUGCCCGAGGAGCUGCUGGAGGAAGAGAUCCCCGUGGGGAACCAGGAGGAUGGCUUCACGGCGGAGCACCUGGCGGCAGAGGCCAUGGCAGCAGAUAUGGACCCCUGGCUGGUCUUCGAUGCCCGCUGCACCCCACCCUGCGAGCUGGACCCCUGGCUGGCCACCUACCCUCCUUCCCAAGUCUCCCGCUACGGAGGCCCCAGUGACCCCAAUCCCAAGCCUGUGGGCUGGAUCGCCGUCUACGGGCCCGAUUUUUCCCCCGGAGCUGGGGAUGUCCAGGGACUCCAGGGGGCUUGGGAAGCCCUGCAGGCCAGCGGGCGGCCCAUCACGCCUGCCGUCCUGCGGGAGCUAGCCCUCACCCACCAGGUCCUGACCGGCAAAUGGCUGAUGCAUCUGAGCCCCGGCUUCAAGCUGGACCACGCGUGGGCCGGCAUCGCCCGAGCGGUGGUGGAGGGGAAGCUGCAGGUGGCCAAAGUGAGCCCCCGGGCCCAGGAAAAGGAGCGGCAGGUCAUCUGCGUCUACACCGAUGACUUCACAGACCAGGAGGGAGUGCUGAAGGCUGACUCGGCCAUCCGGGCCGCGGGGGUCAAGUGCCCGCUCACCUACAAGCCGGACGUCUACACCUACCUAGGAAUCUACCGGGCCAACCGCUGGCACCUGUGCCCCACCCUCUACGAGAGCAGCUACCACCUCGAGAGCGACCCCCAUUGCUCCCGGGUCCUGGACCGGCUCAACAACACGGCACUGACUUAGCUGGGAGCCCGGACAUGGGGUGGGGAGGGCGGAGACAAUCAUUCUGGCCGGGCUGCGGGCCGCCCGCCUCCUCAGCUUUGGGGACUGGCCUUGAGCCUCAGGUAGGGGUAAGGGCUGCCCUCUCAGCUGGCCUGGGCAGCUGGAAGCGGGCACGACGCCACCCCCCACCCCAGUGUCCGCCCAGCUGACGGAGGCAGAAGGGGACCCUCUCCCUUGGAGAGCCCCCGCUGGGCUCCUCCCCUGCUUUGAGCUGCCCCACCCCCAUCCCUGGCUGCAGCAGCACAGAACCCUGUUAGCUCUGGGGGAAGCAGUGCACCCUGGGAGUUGUAGUCCUGACUGCACCGGCCACUAGGAGGGGCACCCUGCUAGGCCUCUGCCUCACCCUCCCUCCUGGUUCUUCGGUUUGCAGAUUUGGGUGGCAGCUGGUUGUAUCGGGUCUGAUGAGGACUGGUGUUAGAGGAGCUGCUGAGGUUGGGCCUAGCCUAAGGACCAAGAUCUGGGGAGCCUCUGCUGGCUCCCAUCACCUCCAAGCUCGGCCGGCAUGGAAGCCCUUCCCGACCCAGGCCCUUCCUCCCUUCCCAGCGUUCGGACACUUUAUUUCCUUCCUUGAUCUCCAGGAUCCCAGUGCAGUGCACUGGCCUGGCUGUCCUUGCACAGGCAGCACCAUCUCCCGACUCUGGGCCUUUGUACUGGCUGUGCCCUGUGCCUGGAAUGUUUUUCCUCUUCACCUCUGCCUCCUGCCUUCCCUGGCCCCCUUCAAGACUCUGCAGAAGGCCUUUCCCUUUCCCCACUGUAUAUAUCUUGUGUCUACAUAGUUAUUGACAUGUUGUCUCUUCCAUUAGAAUGUGAG